UUGUUACUGUUUCCAUCUUUCUAAUAAUUAGUGAUUAUGAGUGCUAUUGAAAGAUCAGCAAGUGAUAAAAUGGUUUCUGACGCGUUUGAAUCAAAACAGAGACCAAGGGUUGAAGUUGUCUGUGUCAUGGAUUUGACGCUGGCUUCUUCAUCUUUGUAUCAAAGGAAAAUUGCUUAUGAAGAAAUUCAGGAAGCCUGUGAUGCAGCUAAUGCAUCACUUCAUUUAAUUUUAUUUCAAAAAUUAGAUUUCGGUGAAAUGUCUGCUGUUGAAAAGUUUCACGGAGCUGAUGUGGCCAUAAUUGAUUUGAGUAUCCAAGAGCAGCAAAAUUCGUUACUGUAUCUACUUGGAGUACGUGAAAGUUUUGGAAUGAAACAAAACAUUUUACUUUUUAACGAAUAUUCAACCGAAGGUGCCUUACAAUUGAGACUUUCUUGCUCAAAUUAUUCAUUAAUUUCAUAUCGAGUCAAUGAAAACAAACAGUGUAUUGUUACCGAGCCAAAUGUCAUCAAUAUGUUGAAUAACGGCAAUAUUAUUCAAUCAUCUGAAACAAAAAUCUUACUUCACACCAAGUUAACAAAGAUUCUACAAGAAAUUGAAAUUCAAACAAAGGCACAUAUGAAGGAAAAAUUUCUCAGUGACUUACGAAAAGCUCGGGAUGAUCAUACUGGAGACAAAUUAAGAGAAGCUUUACACAAUUUACGGAAACGUCUUGAUGAUCCCAACUUAAUGUCCAUAGAAACUGCUUAUAAUAUGUUUCUCUCAUUCCGAGAGAUUCAAGAUUACGAUGCAAUGAUUAAACUUUUCACCGAUCUCCAAUCAGUUCCACACCUUAAAUUAACUUCAAAUGCAACUCUUCUCUAUUUUUAUGCAUUUGCUCUCAAUCGUCGCAAUUUAGAGGGUGACCGGGAAAAGGCAAUAAAAUUUAUUACCAUGGCUCUUGAACAAACGGAUGGUCAUGUACCUGAUAUUGUUUGUCUUUGUGGGCGAAUAUAUAAAGAUAAAUUUGUCGAGUCUGGAUACAGUGAUGUAGACAGUUUAAAAAAUGCAAUCAAAUGGUAUCGCAAAGGAUUUGAAGUUCAACCAAAUGAGUACGCUGGUAUCAACUUGGCAACUCUUCUAGUCAUCGAUGGAGCCAAUUUUGCAGCUUCUGAAGAAUUACAAAGAAUUGGUAUGGUUUUGAGUAAUCUGAUUGGUCGCAAAGGUAGUUUAACAUCUCUUCAAGAUUACUGGGAUGUUGCUACAUUUUUUGAGAUUUCAGUUUUGGCGGAAAAUUAUUCUAAAGCCAUUCAAGCAUCAGAAUGUAUGUUCAAAUUGAAACCUCCCAAUUGGUAUUUAAAAUCAACUAUUGGCAACAUUCGACUUAUCAAUCGAUUUCGUAAAAAACCUGAAGACUCUGAGCGAUCUCCGGAAGAACAUAUUUUCAAUUUUUGGAUGGAAUACUUUAUCGAUGCAACCGAGGAAGAAAUUAGUGUAAUUAAAUUUCCUAUUCUAGUCUUAGAGCCAACCAAAACUUAUCAGCCCAGUUAUGUUACAGUUAAUAUAGAUAUUGAUGAAAAAUCAGUUCAAAUAACUAAUGUUUGUCUUGAAUGUAUGAAAAAAAUGGACUGUCGUCGACCACAUAAUUGGUUAAUUGAAGCAUCAUCCAUAAAAGGAGUUAGUUUGUACAAAAGAGAUGAACGAUGCCUUUUCCUUUAUGUUCAUUUGAACUCAGAUGAUUUCCAAAUGUUUUUCCCUUCAGAAGCAUUACGAGCUAGAUUUCAUCAAUUGGUUGUUGAGAUGACGGGUGAUCAAGGCUUGAUUGCGGAUCUUGGUGCUCAACAUGACAAUGAGCCUCUCCAGUAUGAGUACGAUUUAGACGAUCAAAGAAGACCAAUUGUAUUAGGCGCUGGAACUUACGGUAAAGUUUAUGCCGCUCGUGAUAAAAGGACACAAAUUGAACUCGCCAUAAAAGAAAUACCUGUCAAGAAUGAAGGAGAGGUCCAGCCUUUACACGAAGAGAUUAAACUUCAUUCGCAGUUAAGACAUCGUAACAUUGUUCAAUACUUAGGAUCAAUGUAUGAGAACCGCACUUUUAAAAUUUUUAUGGAACGAGUUCCUGGUGGAAGUUUAUCUCAACUGUUGCGCUCUAAGUGGGGACCUUUAAAGGAAAAUGAGUCGACAAUGGCUUAUUAUACGAAACAAAUGCUCCAAGGGUUGAAAUAUUUACAUGACCAAAAGAUUGUCCAUCGUGAUAUUAAAGGCGACAAUGUACUGGUCAAUACAUAUUCGGGAAUAAUCAAGAUCUCUGACUUUGGGGCCUCCAAACGUUUGGCUGGUCUCAAUCCAAACACUGAAACCUUUACUGGAACCUUUCAAUACAUGGCACCAGAAGUGAUUGAUCAAGGACAACGAGGUUAUGGAGCACCAGCAGACAUUUGGUCAUUGGGUUGUACAGUUGUUGAAAUGGCAACUGGACGGACACCAGUAAUAGAUGGAAUCUCUGGUCCUGAAAUUAUCUUCAAAGUAGGAUUUCACAAGGAACAUCCUGAGAUUCCUCAAUCUUUAUCGGAAAAAGCCAAAGAAUUUAUACUCCGAUGUUUUGAUCCUAAUCCUGAUACUCGAGCUACUGCUGCUGAACUAUUAGAACAUCCUUUUCUUGCUGAAAACCAUGGUCAUGGUACUAGGAAGAAGAAAACAAUGCCCAUGUCAUCCUCACCAACACCUCACAAACAAAGUCACCUAGAUUUUAAUCGAAGCAUCUCAGUUCCCGCUGAAUCACAUCUUCCUCGAGAUGAUCGAAAUACAGACUCAAGAAAUCGAUUUGCCAGUGCCGAUGAUACAAGCAAACUAAAGGAUGAAACAAAUUGUAGCGGAAAAAAAGAGAAUCGGAGACCCAAAUUAGAUCGUCUUGUUAUUCCUGGUUCCCAAAGUUCAUUAAGUUUUUCGCCUUAUUUUCACAGCUCUGAGGAUGCCCCUUAUGCUCGACGAAAUAGUGGAAGUAUAAUGAGUCCACCAAUUGAAAGUGCGUCAACAACACCUCGAGAUGGUGACACCGGUGGCUUUUAUUUACUCAAAAAGGACUCGGAGAGGAGAGCGACUUUGGUUCAAGUUUUGAAUGACGAUUCACAUCUAAUGUGUGAUACUUGGUUACACUUACUUCAGCAAAACAUUCAAGGUUUACUAUUGACAAGUGAUCACCUGCAUCAGUUGUUGGCUGGAAUCAGAGAUUUUAUUCCGGAACAAGAUAGAGCUCCGUUGGCACAAGCGAUUGCUUAUGUUAAGGAGGAUCUCGAAUUUGAUGGAAUCAAUCAAAUCCAAUUGGCUCUUCUUUUAGCUCAAGAUGCAGUCAAUCGAGUUCUUCGUUGUCAUAACAUCAAACCUCAUUGGAUGUUUGCUUUAGACUCGUUGGUUCGAGGAGCUGUUCAAGCAGCCAUAACAAUCCUUUCACCAGAACUGGGUGAAAACCUUGCUGGUGAUUCAAGAAGAGACAGCCGUGAAUUAAGUCCACCUGAUAAUCGACCUGGAGUCGAUCCGUCAACUACUUCAGCAAUAUCAACUUUAGCCUCAAUCCAAUCAGCUAUUCAUAUACCUCAUCAUCAUGACCUGCAUAAUCAUCAACAUCUUAGGCCUGACUCACCUGUGAUGGCUGAAAAUGAAGAAGACGAAAUUUGCCAAUUAAGAAGAAAAUAUGACAAAAUUAGGACAGAGAAUAUAUCUUUAUGGCAAAAGCUGCUUUCAGCCGAGAAUCAAAUUAAUUUCUUAUUAAAAAAUCAAUUAAAUGAGAAGCAAAAACAAAUGGAAAUGUUAAUCUCAUCUAACCGAAAUCUCUCUCUACCAAAUGGAUCCCAAAGUGAAAAUUCACCGCCGAUUGAACCUGAAACCGUCCCAAAGUUACCAAAUAUUGUCAUCGGAGGUGAUUCGUCCAAUGGUGACCAAGGUUUAGUUACUUGGUUAAAAUCUCACAAACAUGACCAAGAACAUGCUAACGAAAAAGGUUUCAACUCCUAAUUUUAUUCAAACUGUAUUCAAUUUGAAUAUCCAAUGACUUUUUUGCUGAUUGUUUUAUUUUGUAUCUAAAAUUGUUUUUAUUCAGUGCCUUUUAAAAAAUGUUCAAAACUAUUGUACCAUGGCAAGCUCAAAAUCUAUGUACUGACUGUUGUAAAUUUAAUCACUUUUUAGCAAUAAGAAUAAAUUAUUCUUAGAAAGACAAUAUUAAUGAAA